AUGGCCGACCGAGAAACAUACAAGACCAUUGAGGCUUGGCAAGAACUUGAUGAUAAAGUGGGGAAGAUCAUCCAAGAUGACACUGGUAAAGAAAUUUGGAUCGCCAAUAGAGCCCUUCCUCCCACUGGCUAUCUCCCGGCCAUGACCCCAGACAGCAUUGAGAAGAUCAAAAAUCUGAGUGACGAUCUUAUUGUCAAAGAAGUCGAGGAUUGA